AUGAUGGUGCCAUCUCUGCCGCUGAGCAUCAUCCUCUUCACCCUGUCAAGCACAACAGCCAUUCAAGUGACACCCGGCUCAUCAUGUUCAUCUGUCUGCCUCGACUCACCAGAUGGCGACUCCAUGCGGGCAGCAGCGUCAACAACCAAUGCCUCGGACAUAGUGUGCAACGACGUUGACUAUUUCUCCUCGGCACCCGGACUGAGAUUCAAGGACUGCGUCACCUGCUUACAAACCAGCAAUGCCAUCAGCGGCGAGGAGAGUGAUGUCUCGUGGUUCCUCUACAACCUGCGGUACGCCUCGGCCGUAUGUCUCUUCGACUAUCCAGCCCACAAGAAGACGACAACAACACCAUGCGAUCUCGCCAGCGCCUGUGCUCCGCUUCAAGACUCACUCGAAUAUGGCAACCUGGACCCAGAGAACGCCACGGAGUACGGCUACUGCCAAGCCAACGACGGCGUGCUGUACGGCACCAACAUCGAUGACUGUGUGACCUGCCUCCAAUCCAGCUCCUCCACUUACCUGGCAAACUUUCUUCGUGCCCUCGGCGUUGGUUGCCAAGAACGGCCCUCCCCAGGGGCAGCCCUCAGCAUCACAGGCAACAUAUUCUCUGCCUUCCCCAUCAACACAACCAAUGCGAGCAACACCACAUCGGCCAGCGCAGCAGGUUCCGACGGAGAUGACAAGCAGGUGCUCACCACAGGCGCCAUCGCCGGCAUCGCCCUAGGGGCCACGGCGCUGUUCCUCGGCGCCAUCGCGCUGUUCGUAUUGUACUGGCUCAAGCAAAAGAAGUACGAGCGCGAGGACAACGCGCCCUCGCUACCGCCGUUCGCCUCGGCGCAGCAGUUCUACCACUGCAAGGGAGACCCGGGCAGCGGGCCGGUCUCCAUCGCCACGAGCCACAGCUACGCGCUGCCGCAGUACGCGGCGGACUACAAGCCGCAGCCGGGGGUCAGCGCGGCCUCCGUCUCCGAGACGCCGGAGCCGCUGCCGUCCGAAUACUCCAGCAACGCCGAGUACUACGACCGCCUCGAGGGCAAGACCAGGGGCCGGCCCCUGAGGGCGAUGAGCCCGCCCGUGCAGCCCGUCGACAGCCAGCAGCAGCAGCAGCAAGAACAAGAGCAGGUCGACACGAUCGGCAACCUCCCCACCACCGCGCUGCCGACGCACCCGGCCUACAUCCCGCGCACCAGCAGCAGGAACAGCAACAACCGCGGCACCCCCGAUCUGGGCGCAAGGCCCAGCCGCAACCCGACGCCCUGCUCGGUGCGGUCGAGCACGCAGUCGCCCGUCCCGCGGCCGCAACGCAGCAGCGGCGGCGCCAGCAAGAGCAGCAGCGGCAGCGCCAGGCCCGACUCGUACGCGAUCCAGGUGUACCUCAACGCAGCCGAGGACCCCAAGGUGCCCCGGCCACCGCCGGCCGCCGCGGCGUCGUCGCUGCUCCCGCUGCGCUGCGGCCCGGCCAGCAACGCCGAGAUCGCGCGCAACAUCCAGAUCGAGCUCGCCGCCGCCCACCAGGCCACGCCGCAGCCCACGCCGCCGCUCCUCUCGGCGUCGUCCAUGCCCGUGCCGUCGUCGCAGUCGCAGCAGCAGCACAGCAUCUCCAGGGCGACAUCGCCCGAUAACAAUAGCAACGACGACCACCGCGGGUCGUUGCCGCCGCCGCCGAGGAUCGGGUCGCUGAUCCUGCCGUCGGUGCCGCGGAUCCGUGUGCCGGGCAAGAAGCCGCUGCCGCGGAUCCAGGUGCAGCAGGACGGUGCUAGCAUCUCGGGCCCGCUGGUGUUCCCCGGCAGCCGGUUUUCGACGCGGGCGCCACCGCCGCCGCCGCCGCCGCCGCCGCCAGCGGGCCAGGACCGCAUCAUCGAGCAGACGGUCAACCGGGGCGGGCGGUCGUUCGAGGCGCCGAUCGGGAGCGGGAAGAGCUAUCUCUACGGAUGA